AUGUGGCUAGCAGUUAUACUCUUCAUUGGAAUAUUGGGUUUAUUAGUGUACUUGGACACGAGGAAACCCAAAAAAUUCCCUCCAGGUCCAAAAUGGAGGCCACUAGUCGGCUGUGCGUUAGAAACAAACCGACUUAAAAAGAAAACCAAGAGCUUCAUACUAGCCACAGCAGAACUGUCUGCCAAAUACGGGCCAGUUUUAGGUUUAAAAGUGGGGAAGCACAAAUUAGUGGUCGUGUACGGUCCUCACGCUGUUAAGGAGUUUUUAACGUCUGAUGACCUUGCUGGUAGACCAUUUGGAGAGUUUUAUGAACUGAGAACGUGGGGAAAACGCAGAGGAAUACUCUUAGUGGACCAGAGCUUCUGGUACGAGCAAAGAAGAUUCUCGAUAAGACAACUCAGAGAAUUCGGGUUCGGAAGACGAAAUAUGUCGACCCUGAUCGAGGAAGAGACCCAGGAACUAGUGAAUUAUAUCCUUAGAACUAUACACGACAAGGAUUCAUUAAUAUUUGAAAUGACAACUUUGUUCAAUGUACACGUCUUGAACACACUCUGGCGUAUGUUAGCGGGGGUGCGGUACAAGCACGAGGACGACAAAAUGAAGGAACUUCAGGCAAUCCUAAGCGAACUCUUCGAAAGAGUAUCCAUGGUGGGCGCUUCUUUCAGUCAUUUCCCAAUACUUAAAUACAUAGCUCCAGAGCUAUCGGGGUACAAUUUCUACAUAAGAGCUCACAUGCGUAUUUGGGACUUCUUGAAUCGUGAAUUGAACUACCACAAGAAAACGCGCGAUCCGAAAGAGCCUAGAGACUUUAUGGACGUUUACCUCAACGUGUUAAACUCAUCAGAAGAUAUCCCGAACAGUUUCAGUGAGCAACAGUUAAUGGCUCUAUGUCUGGAUAUGUUCAUGGCUGGUUCAGAAACCACGACGAACACGCUAGGGUUCUGCUUCCUCUACUUAAUUUUGUAUCCGGAUGUCCAGAGGAAGGCCCAGGAAGAGAUCGACUCAGUUAUUGGAAAGCAUUGCUCUCCAAGUAUGAAUGAUAGACCCAACCUUCCUUAUGUGGAAUGCGUAGUACUGGAAGCCUUACGCAUGUUUGGAGGUCGUGCUUUCACAGUUCCACAUAGGGCACUUAGGGACACUGAACUUUGUGGGUACCGAAUACCAAAGGACGUUCUGGUCAUAGCCAAUUUGCACGGUUCCAUGCUCUCAUCGAACAGUGAGUACGAAAAACCAAUGGAAUUCAUGCCGGAAAGAUACAUGAAGAACGGUAAAAUCGUCACUCCAGACAGCUUCAUGCCGUUUGGUUUCGGCAAGCACAGAUGUCUUGGAGAAACCUUGGCAAGGGCAAACCUGUUUUUGUUCGUGGCUACGCUGUUGCAAAAAUUCACGUUUAGUGUCUUGCCCGAUCAACGGCCAACGGAAGAUUUCAGGGACGGUGUCACUCCUGGUCCCAGGCCCUUUAAGGCCAAGAUUGUUCCCAGAUCGUGAGGUGAUUUUUGAUGAAAACUGAUAGUAAUUAUCAAAUGGCAGUAUAGGUUUGUAAUUUAUUUAUUUGGAUUGAAGAAGUAUAAUGUUAAUCUCACAGUCAUAUAUCCAAUUUGGCGAACCUAAAAGUCUGAACUACCUCACUUCUACUUCACUAGAUUUUAGUGGCAAAAAUUAUGACGCUUAAUGACAGUUUUUUUUUUAUUUAUUCAAUUUUUAUCAUCAGUUCUUGUACUUUUACUUUUCUGUAAUUAUAAUUACAUACGUUGCUAGUACGAAUGUGUUCUAAAGUUUCUUAAAAUUUUCAUCACGUGACAUCGGUGACCACCAUUGACCAACAAUGACCUUCCAUUAUCUUUGAAAUUUGACCUUGAUCUUCACCUUCAUGGUCACUUCAAGGUCAUAUCCGAAAGU